AUUAGUAGUACAACCGUUUUGAUCGUUAAAAGUGCCGAGACGAAAAAUACAGUCAAACGCUCCAAAGCUGUUGUAAGCAGCUCUAAUAAAAAGAAUUUUCACAUUUUUCCUUUAAAGAACAACUAUAAUGUCUCAGGGCACAACCGGCAGUGGUGAAGCCCCACCGAUUGCGAUAAAUGUUACAAAUGCAACAACAGCAACGACAACCGGACCUGCGCCCAAGAUCAGUCGUGGUCGUCUAAAUAAGCCACAAUCACAAGCAACAGCAGUUGGAGCCCUUCUGUUCACUUCGGCCGGCAUGAACAUGGCCAUGGGUUUGGGCUGGGCCGAAAAUGCUCUCUACGCCUGGACUAACCAUUUCUGUUAUUCUUGGUUCAUAGGAGUGAUUAUUGGAGCUGUAGUCUCGGUACCGUUUAGCCAUUUUAUGACGGCAAAGAAAAAAUGGAUAAUGGCCACAUCGGCUUUCAUCAUUCUCUUUGAGGGCAUUCUCUUUGCCGGUGUACCACGAGACUAUGACACAUUGUUGGCGGCCCGGUAUCUCAAUGGCAUUGCCAUUGGUUUGAUGGCGGUACCAUUUCUCAUACAUGCCAGUGAAAUUGCCGUGGAUUCGUAUCGCGGCAGCUGCCUUAUGACUGAACAAUAUUCCAUAUCCUUUGGCAUUGGCAUACAAAUGAUUUACUCAUCUUUUUGGCCGGCUACGGUGGAUUUUCCCGCCAAUCGAUUUCAUGGAAUUCUGGAUAUAGUCUAUAGUAUAUUGACCCUGGUCUUCAUAUCCUUCUUUACGGAAUCUCCGAUUGAUUUUAUACGCAAAGGAGAUGAUAUGGCUGCACUGGAUUGUUUGGCCCGCCUGCAAAAUCCCAAGAUUGUGAAUGCCAAUACGCAUGCGCGUUUGGAACAGCAGAAAUAUUAUUAUCAGGAGCAAAACUAUGCAACAGUGGAGAAAUGUGUGAAAAAGAGUUUGGUGCCUUUGUUGAAAAUGCUGGUGUUUCGCAGUGCCCUGUUGGCCUUCUCCUACAAUUUGCCCUUGAACAUAACGCUGAAAUAUAGUGUCCUCUUGAAUGGUGAUAUUUGGGCUGGAACUGUGGCUGGAGUUUGCCGGAUCGUUGGUGUUUUCUUGGCCUUUAUCAUGGUGGAUCAUGCACCCCGAAAGAUACCCUCAACAAUUUCGGCCAUCAUUCUGGGUGGUCUACUCAUUGGCCAGGGGACAUUGUUCAAAGAUAUCUACAAUAUUUUGAAUUGGAGGGGUAUUAACACAGCCAUGGCCCUGUAUAUAGUUAUCCAAGCCUUUGGGGGAUUUUAUAGCUCCUACACCUCGGUAUAUUUGGCCGAAGCAUUUCCCCUCAAGGUGAAGCCAUAUUUCAUGACAUUCUGUGUGAUCAUGGAGGCAGUUAUUCAGAUUAUAUUUAUUCAAACCAUAUCGCUGAGAAUUGGCAACAACCUUUUGAUUCAGGGUAUUAUAACAUUGGUGGCUGGCAUCGCCUUCUUCUUUGUAAUGCCUGAAACCAAAAAUUCCUCAUUGGCCGAGGCCCAGGAGGGUUAUAGUAAAUUGCUCAAUUUUAAACGUAAGUGAGCUGUUAGCAUUGGAAAACGACACAAACUCGAAGCAUUAUUAAAUUAUUUUUAAUAUAUAUAUUUUUUUUUA